AUGCAGCCGUACAAUAAGGAAAACAUUCUGAAGCAAAUCAAAGGUCUAUAUGUCAGAACAACGUAUGGAAAGAAGCAGCGGACUUUUCCGAUUGGAAACAUUGCUGCUGCUGCCAAUACAUUGAAGUUCCAGACCACUGAUGGCGGACAAUGCACCGUUGAGCAGUACUUCAAAAAGCACUACAACAUCCAAUUGAAGUGCCCAGGAAUUUUUACGGUAUCGGAGCGGCACAAUCCACAUAAUUACUACCCUGUUGAACUGCUCACAGUUGCACCUUCACAGCGAGUCACACUUCAGCAGCAGACGCCCGAUCAAGUUGCCUCCAUGAUCAAGGCAUGCGCAACGCUCCCCGAUAACCGUUUGCAUCAAACCAGGAAAAUGAAGGACGCCUUGGACAUCACUCCACGUAAUCCAAACCUCGCUAGUGCAGGCAUCAGUGUUGCGAAUAAUUUCACAACGGUGACUGCUCGUGUUUUACCGACACCAACCAUCGUUUACGGAGGGUCGCAGACAUUAAAGCCGACGGACAACUGCAAGUGGAAUGGAGAUCGCUCAAAGUUCCUGGAACCAGCUCAGCUGACGAACUGGGCUGUUUGUGCGACGUUGACGCAGAAUGACGCUCGCCGUUUACAGAUAAAGGACUAUGUGCAGCGUGUGGAGGGUAGAUGCCGUCUCAGAGGUAUGCAGGUGGAGCCAGUGGGUGAAAUCUACAUGAAUCAGAGACAGAACUUCGAAAGUCUUCGGGACUUUUACGCAUCACAGAAGCAAAAGAAUCGUCAAUAUUUGAUGUUCAUCUCUUCUGAUGGAAUAAAGCAACACGAUUUGAUCAAACUUCUUGAAAUCGAAUAUCAAAUCGUGUCUCAAGAGGUGAAGGGCAGUAAAGUUGAUUCUGUUCUUCAUAGAAACCAGAAUCAGACACUCGACAAUGUUGUCGCGAAGAUCAACAUGAAGCUUGGUGGCAUGAACUAUAACUUGAUGCUUGGAUCAAAACCUAGUGAUACACUGUGUAUGGUGAUAACUUCCAGCGUGAACAAGUGGGUGAACGACAAAGAUCGUCUUUUCGUCGGCUUCGAAAUCUCCAAUCCCCCUCCACUUUCGAAGUUGGACAUUGAACGCGGCGCGACUUACAAGAUGCCUUCUGUUCUUGGCUGGGGAGCAAAUUGCGCAGCGAAUCCUCAGCAAUAUAUUGGCGACUAUGUGUUCAUUAAGCCACGCCAGUCAGAUAUGAUGGGAGCAAAGCUAAGUGAACUGAUUGUUGAAAUCCUGAAGAAAUUCCGUGCUGCGACUACCGUUGUUCCUCGUCACAUUGUGCUCUAUUUCUCUGGAAUAUCUGAAGGACAAUUCAGUCUUGUGACCGACACGUACAUGAAAGCGAUUAACACGGGAAUCACAUCACUAUCGGCUACUUACAAGCCUAGUGUGACGGCUUUGGCUGUUUCGAAGGAUCACAACGAACGUCUUUACAAAGCCAACAUAUCGGGAAAUCGUGCCGUGGAACAGAAUAUUCCUCCCGGUACAGUUGUCGACACUAAAAUUGUUUCGCCUGUCAUCAACGAAUUCUACCUGAACGCGCACUCGGCUUUCCAGGGUACCGCAAAAACACCGAAAUACUCGUUGUUGGCUGACGAUUCCAAGAUUCCUCUUGAUGUCAUCGAAGGAAUGACACAUGCUCUUUGCUACUUGCACGAGAUCGUGACAUCUACUGUGUCGGUCCCUGCGCCACUUAUUGUGGCCGAUCGUUGUGCCAAGCGUGGGCACAACGUCUACAUUGCAAACUCAAACCAGGGGAAUGCUGCUGUGAACAGCAUUGAAGAAGCAAACGAAAAACUCGUCAACCAUGGCGAUCUUCAGAAAGUUCGCUACAAUGCGUAG